ACCUAAAAGAAAAAGCAGCCAACCAUUAUGAAAAAGAUACAUCAAAUCUGUCGCUAUAUGUUUGAUAGCAAAACAACGUUUUGUGUCCGAUCACAGAGUUUGUAUAUAGGACGGCUUAUUUUAGCUAUAAAUUCUGCACCUCUGUUCGCUGUCAUUAACUUACCCGGUUUUAAAUAUGUUUAGCAAAGCAUUGAACACACUGACUGUCGUUUUGUGUAUUCCUUCCUCCAUGUAUGCCUAUAUCUAAGUUAAGUUUCGUUUUUGAGAAAUGGAGUGUGAGAGAGUAGAUAUUCCACUCGUGAACAGUUACUGCAUGAAAGACAGUGGAGCCGACACAAAUGCGGAAUGGACAGGAUUUACUGGAUCUUGAUCAGUCUAAUGCUAUGGCAUGUCAUUUGUGUCAGCUCCUUUCCACUCUCAUCAGUGAUCCAUAUCUCCUCAAGAGUAGGACUCUCAGCUGUUCUGCCGUGCACUGUGACAUCGCGCCUGGAAUCCGCUUAUGCACCUCACAUUCAGUGGCAGACCAUAAGUGAUUCUGUGUUUGAGCGAAUAGGGGAGGAGAUGUUUCAAGGGGAAGAUUAUAAGGACCGUGUGGAUGUCCCAGAAGCGAUGCUCGUGAGAGGAAACUGCUCUCUGUUCCUGCGGGAUGUCAGAUUCAGUGACACAGGCAUUUAUGAGAGUUACCUGGUGGUCGGUGAAUCAAGUAUCAAGAGUAGAACUUUCAUUCAGAGCGUCCAACUCACAGUUAUUGAUCACAAGAGCAUCAAGUCUGUGGAAAUUGGGGGAGAGCUGAUCUUGGACUUGUACACACAUCAAGCUGAACAAGUAAUUUUUCAGAGCAGUAACGACACCAGGUGGACAGUCCUGUGGGAAAAAGGAGAAGUCACCAACAGGAAAGGUCAUCUGAGAGAGAAAGACAACAGUUUGAUUCUCAGGAGGGUUACGGCCAGCACUGCCGGCACAUAUAAAGUGUUGGACUCGCAGGGAUUGGCACUCAGCACAGUGAAGGUCUCAGUCAGAGAACCUAUGCUAUCCAGGGAAGCAAAUGUUUUGAAAAUUCAGAGUCCAUUAGGUAAAGCUACAGUGAAUAUGCCUCCCCUAAGGCUCAUAAUUGUUUUCCUCACUUUUAAUUUAAAGCUUGAAUUGCUGUUUCCUCUCAACUGAAUUGAUCUCCUUUUCAUUGUACUUUUAACAAUCUUAGUCUGUAAUGGGACAAGUUAUUUCAGUGCUUUGAUGAAAAAAAAUUGUGAGAAGUUUUAUUAACUGUAGUUUAAAAGUUUGUUGUUCUCUGGAAUCUAUGAAACUAAAUGAAAUAAUCUUGAACUUAAUGCAAAUAACUCAUCAACAAAGCAUUUCUGUCCACAGAACUGCUGCUAACUGUAUGUUUUUGGCACCAUUCUGAGUAAUUUCUUGAGAUUGUUGUGUGUGAACAUCUCAGGAGAUCACAGACCAAAUCUUAACCCCAAAGAAAUGUGUUCUGUAAAUGUAUCUAGAUCAAUGUAGGAGACUGAUUGAGAAUUACAAACAGAAACAGUGGUCAGUGAGGCUAAUGGUUGUACUUAUUUUAAAAAUAGAUUUUAUUAAUUACAUUUCAUAAUAUUAUUUGUAUUUCUACUUAUAUAAGCUGUUUUUUUUUUUGUUUUUGUUUUUUUUACUUUAAUCAGAUUUGUUUCUUAUUUACUUAGAUAUGUAUUUGUUGCUGAAAUAAAGAUCAGAUGUACCUAUAUAUGGAAAUUUGCUUAAAAAUACGUUUUACAGAAUAUUAAGUUACUUACUGGCCCU